AUGCCGUACUCUGCAACUUUUAAAUACGCUAAGAUUAAGGCUUUAUCUGCAGUGAUCUUCGUGAGCUCCGUUACCCUUUUGGUCUUCAGGUUCUGCCAAAAGUCGGUUUAUUUGCACUCAACGAAAGUCUAUUUUGUGGGUUAUAAAAUCCAAUCACCUUUUAUCCUCAAUAACAGAGACUCGUUGAUUGUUAAAGCAUCUUCAGAUGAUAGUGAAACGGGCUCGGCCAAUCCACCCUCAGACAGCAAAGAAGAAAGCAACAUACCAGUCGAGAACCUUCCUUUGGAGUCCAAGCUUCAGGAGAAAAUCGAUCAGAAGUUGAGAAUGAAACUGGCGAAAAAAAUCCGGCUUAGGAGAAAGAGGCUCGUCAGGAAACGACGUCUUAGAAAGAAGGGUAGGUGGCCUCCUUCGAAGUUGAAAAAGAACAAGAAUGUUUGAUUUGAUUCUUUCUUGUCUUGAUUACUGUGUAUCUAUUGCAGUUUGUUUCAUGUUAAAGUGUAAAUGUGACUUGAAAGUACCUUUUUUCUCGGUUGAAUCUGCGAAAAUUUUGGUUAUUUGUUCGUAAUGUCCUGUUACGGUAGUAACUUUGCAGGAUGAUUUCACAUGUACACUGCAUGAGGCUUUUCUUUGUUUUUUGGUUCGUGACAUGAGAUUAGACUAAAUUAUCUGUGCGGAUUAAAUCUAACUGCAUGAUGUGGUGCUAGUUGACGAGGGUAGAGCAAGGGUUAAUAUGAAGUUAGAGCUGUGGAAGGACA